GCGGAGCCGCGGGCUCAGAGCGCACCCAGCCGGCGCUGCGCAGCACUGGGACCCGGACCCGCACCCGCGUCGCAGCCCGGCCAGCCUGCUCCGCGCUCGCCUGCCCGUCUGCCCGUCUGCCCGCCGGCCCCGCGCACCCUUGCUGCCGCCGGUCUGCGCCCAGCCACCCCACGGGCACCAUGCACCUCUCCCAGCUGCUGGCCUGCGCCCUGCUGCUCGCGCUACUCUCGCUCCGGCCCUCCGAAGCCAAGCCCGGGGCGCCGCCGAAGGUCCCGCGCACUCCGCCAGGGGAGGAGGUGGCCGAGCCCCAGGCUGCGGGAGGAGGUCAGAAGAAGGGCGACAAGACUCCCGGGGGCGGCGGCGGCGCCAAUCUCAAGGGCGACCGGUCGCGACUGCUCCGGGACCUGCGCGUGGACACCAAGUCUCGGGCGGCGUGGGCCCGUCUUCUGCAAGAGCACCCCAACGCGCGGAAAUACAAGGGAGGCAACAAGAAGGGUUUGUCCAAGGGCUGCUUCGGCCUCAAGCUGGACAGGAUCGGCUCCAUGAGCGGCCUGGGAUGUUAGUGCGGCGACCCCUGGCGGCGGUGAGUACUACCAACCCCGGCCGCCGGGAGCUCUUGCACACCCAGCUUCCCGUGAAGCCCCCCAGAACCAAGCCUGCACCCCCUCCCGCAGGCCGGCUCCUCUCUGAUCCCCUGGACCUUUCCGCCUCCCAGUCAGGCCAUCUGGGCACAAGAUUGAGUGUGUGUGCUAGACAUUUGUCCCCAACACCAUUUAUCAUCCCAUUUUACAGAUGGAGAAAGUGAGGGAUAAAGUGGUCAGGGAACUUUGGCAAGGUCAGAAAUGGCUCAGCAUGGAUGGACCCACCUGGCUCCCUCUGGAGAAACAGAGACAGCUCGGGGGGGGGGGGGUGUGGUCCCACCCACCCCAGGGCCAUAAGGCAACCAGCAACACUGACCCCAGUUCUCCAACUGGGGGAAUUGAGGGCUGCUCCUGGGUUGGUGGGAGCAGAGGAGGAAAGGCAUACAUACGAGUCAAGGGUAAGUUGAUCUGCUAGCCACUGCAUCAUGGUGCUGGGCAGUAAGCAGCCCAGUGGUCAGGACAGCUCCCUGGGUCUGUUGUCUCUGUAAUGGGACAGACUUGGAGCGAUACCUGCCCCCUCAAGGUAGGGAGAAUAGCCACUUGUUAGCAUCACCAGGGGGCAUUUCUGCCCCAGAGCAUUCUGAUUCUUGUCCCUUCUCUAAGCCAUGGCGGUGGGCAAACUGGUCUGUCCAGGGUCCUGACGCUGCAGCAAUCCGUGUGACUUCAGGAUCGAACCUCAGUGUUCGUGGCACUAUUUUAGGGCCAGGAAAAAGAAACUAAAAUAAUCUAGUUUUUUGCCCCAACCUGAAACUCAACAUGUCCCAAACUGAGCCCCCCCCCCCCCCCCCCCACCAUGCCUAGGCUCCAUACCUGCGUUUCUGGUAUGGCCUCCUCCGCCUCCACCAGGCUGGAAACCCCUGUGCUACCUUCAGCCCCGGCCGGGUGCUGCACCCCUGGCAAGGUACAGCGGCAAAUGUCCUUCCCUCCCCUCUCCACUCCCCUCCAUUCCUGCUGCCCAUCAGUAUCCGUGGAGAAACAACAUCCCAACCUCUGGAACUGACUUUCAAGUGAUUUCGAACCUGACCUCCUGGUGUCCAGCCUUGCCUGCAACCAGCUGCUGUCAUUCCCUGUCCCACAGUCUUUCUGUCCCACUGCAGGCCAAGCUGUGUUCUCUCAUCCCAGAAGCCUUAUCAAUGUCUACACUGUCUUCCCCCAAAGGACAAGAGCGCCCAUCUUUGAAGGUCUCCAGUGCAAUGCCUGAGCCUUUUUUACUACACAGAAAACUUUUUCACCUGAGCUAUGGUUGUUGGUGAACCUGUUUACCUCCCCAAAUUAACUCAUGAGCAACUUAAGGGCCGGACACUAGCCUAAGAUGAACUGGGGCCUGCAGGAUGCCCAAAGGAGCUCUUUAAAAUGUCUGUCAAUGACCCGGAAAACCUGCCCCACCCAGCUUAGGAGCACUCCUCGCCCGCCUGCCCUAGCAUUUAGCUGGUGUCCUUCCUCUCUGCAGCCAGACUUGGCCAGGCUGUGUGCUCCUCCUGCAGGGGCUUCGCUUGUCUGAGAUCUUGACUUGUCAUGAUUCUGGCACUGGUGGACCAGCCUUUAGAAGCUACCGUUGUGAUGGGUUUGUUCUGUUCUCUCCUGUCUCAACAGUGAAGAGGUGGAGGAGCCACAGGCGUCAAAUUUUCAAUCUGUGAAUUAAGCACCAAGUUCAAACUUCAGAAUCCAAACAGAGGUUGUUCUAUGAGUUAGCAGGAGAUAAGGUCCUAGAAAGUGCCUGGCAUGCACAUCCCCAUAGACCCCUUGUUGUUGGAUGAGGCUGUCUGUGGGUACCAGGUAUUCGUGGAGAGAGGUACUCCACAGGUGGAAUCCAGGUUGCUAAUGCUUCUUGACCCCUUUGACGAGGGAAGCUUGUCAACCUCCUGGAAGUUCUCUUUUAGCUGAAUGCCCACCUCCACCACCUUUAACCUUCUCAACCCCAUCCUCACCCCCAGCCCCGUGAGAAGGCAGAGCAUCCUUCCUAUUGCCUGCAACCUCCUAGUGGAGAUGCCCAGGGUAUCUCACUGUCUGGGCUUAAAAGAGAAAGACAGCUUAGGGUUUUCCCAUUAAUGAAAGCUCUUCUGAGGCUGUGGCCAUUUGUCUAUACAGGAGUUGACUUUGGCUCUAACCAGCUGCCAUAAUGACUGUCGCUGAUGGUUAUAGCCUUGAUUAUAAAAUGCUGAUGGCAGCGAUGAGGUGUGGAGGAUGCCUGAAUGAACCCGUUGCCCAUGGGGCCCAGAGACAUCACAGACAUCUGUCCUCUGUUUAAACAUGUGGGACGGCAGAGAAAGGGGUUGAGGAGGUUCAUCAAGGCCUUGAGGCCCGGGGUCCCUCUGCCAGGACUGUCCUCUGGAAGGGCACCACCCUGUCUCAGGAGGAAGCCUUCCUCUGGCCCCCGAACACCCACACACCCAUUGGCAGAGACUGGGUGCAGCCCUCAUCAAAUGACUCUGCCAACUCACGAGCCAGCAAACCCAGCACGACCACUCAUUUCCCCAGGGCCGGUGUGACACACCAUUUCCUCUGAUUCUGAAGGGGACCCUUUCUGAGGAGAAGCCAGCUGGGGAAGGAAGUGCUAUUUAUGGGCAGCUGUGACCCAGACACUCUGCCAAUGCCCAGUGUGUGGCCCGCUGUUGAAUCUUAAAGCCAGCCCUGGGAGGUGGCUAUUAUUCCAUUUUAUGGGUGAGGAAAGCGAUACUCAAAGCUAUGCAUGGCCAUCCAGGAAGUAAUAUUCAGUUGGGACUUGAGUCCAGAUUUCCCAAAUCUUCAGAUGCUUCUCUCCCCCUUCCCUCCGCCAUCCCCCAGACACGUAAAGCACCUGACGGAGGGUUUGUAUUGUAGCAAAAAAUAGAGGUGGGCCGGGGGUGGGUGGCAGGGCUUCACUUUCCAUUCCCUUUCCCUCACUGUGUCUCACUGAGAGCCAAGGACAAGGCCUGCACUUAGUCAGAGGGGGAGGAGGGCUGGCUGACUUUCUGGUUCCACCUGUGCUGGGGCAGGAAGUGCCAAGGACACAGCAGGCGAUGGAUGAGGGCCUGGAGAGGCCCGGAGUGGAAGGCCCCUUUUUCCUCUGCAGGAAGGCCUUCAUCAGGGCCUGUAGGGCGAAGGUGGAGGCAUUUUGCCUCCUGCUACAGCGGGAAAGGGAGGAAGGUUCUAGAAGUGCGCUGUAGGCUGGGCUUUCUCAGCUGAGUGUCCCUUGGCCCCUCUGUGUUUCAGGAUUGGGAACUUGCUCCGUUUUGCUGAGGUCAUCCUUGGUCAUCAGCCUCCCAGCAUCUGGAAGCACCUCCAGCGCAAUGUGGCUAUUACAUUUCUUUUUUUUUUUUUCCUGGUACUGGGAAUACACAACACCAGCUGUUUUAUUAUUAUUUAGGGAGGGGGGUAUGACUUUAUUGUUUGUUUAUUUUUUAAUGAAAAAUAAAAAGUUAUAUAUUAUAUAUAUUAUAUACACAAAACACACACACCUACACCGACGUGAUGACAAGGGACAGUUUUUAAGAGACUGACAAAACCAGCUGUAAAACAUUGCUGUUUGUAAAUUCAUGUCAUGCAUAAAUGUAUUUAUGUUGUAAAGCUAUUUAUAUUGUUUAUAAAGAGAUAUUUAUAAAAAUUUUAUUUAUGUAACUAAAUGAAAGAAGUCAAUCAUUGUAAU